AUGACACCCGAUGGCGAGGAAAAAGCCACUAAAGAUCAAAAACCGUCUCCGCUUUGCUUAAGCAGCGAUGUCUUUGUAACAUUUGAGUACACGGUUAGCGGGGAGGAGCCCAGCCAACCCUGCUACACAAAGAACUCCAACCAUGCUUUUUCUACCUCUCAGGAUACAAUAGGAGAGCUAAUUGCAGAUACUGUGCUUGUCAGGGGUAUGCCACUUGCAUCAGGAAGAAUGCUAAAACAGAUCCUAUUGAGCUGUGUUUCUGCUAUCGUUUCAGCGGACGAUUAUCCCGCAUCCAUUAGGCAAAGUCUUGUCAAGCACAUCAGUGAUGCUAGUGUCUCCAGUCAGGUGAUUAGGAGGCGUUACAUUACCUACGGUAGGGAGCAUCAGAACAUAUUGAAAGGUCUUCUUCAUAGCGCCGUGGCCUGCAGUGUCUCAUAUAACUUAACGACUGAUCCAGCUGUGCUUUCACACAUGGUAACCUACAUGAACGCGCUUCUACCCACUGGAGAGAUAAAGACCAUAGUCUGUGGGAUCUCCAAAUUUGAUGAAAACGCACCUGGGUCUAUGCUUAAAUCCGCCUUUUUUCGUCUCUAG